AUGAAUUGGAAUGCAACAGAGAAGCUGUUAGCGAGUGAAGGAUGGUCGGUUAAUUGCAAACAACUAAGUGAUUUUAUGGGAAAAGAUGUGACUUCGAUAGAUGAUGUUGAAAAGCUAAAGCAGCUACUACUUGAUAUUGAUAUACGUGAGUAUUCUUCUCCAGUACUUGCAAAUCAAAUCAAUAAGGAGUUGGGUGAAUUUAAAGGUCCUCUAGUCCUUCAAGUCGUUAAGUUACGAAAUGUAUCGUACCCAAAAUACAGCGACGCGACUCAUACUGAUGGCCUCAUCAAAAUUCAGUUAAGCGAUGGUUUUUCAAACAUCCAAGCAUUGCAAAUUGAACCUAUACCAAAAUUAAAUUCGAAAACGCCGUUUGGUGCGAAAGUUCGAUUGACGGGAAAAAUUCCGAUCGAAAAUGGAAUGUUGCUCAUUGACGAGACCAACUGCCAUCUGUUGGGUGGUGUUGUAGAAAAGGUGGUCGAAAAAUGGAAUUUAGAAAAGAAUUGGUUGCAAAAUCCCCUUCGAAUUGCUGAAACUAAAGCUCCGAAAUGGGUUCAGUUUUCUACACAGCGAGUAUCAGAAUUUCCAUUGUCGAAUAGUGCUACUAAUAAACUGGUGCAAACUAAUGAUGUAAUCAAUGGGUUUUGCAAAAAUGAAAACGAGCAGACUGAUGAUUUUAGCAUUGCUAGAAAAGCUCAGAUUGAGCAAGUUAUCGAAAAUAAUGAUGUAAAGGAGUUUGCUGAAAGUCAGAUUAAACCAAAACACGAGGAGAAUGCAGCUUCGACUUCAUAUAACAGUACUAGUAAGAAAGAAGCAGUGAUGAAAUCCAAAUCCAAUGUGGAACACAAUAAUAAUAGGAAUCGGCGUUUCUCUCGUGAUAAUAAACGGAGUAUGGUACAGGUCUGUCGACCUUCAAACCUUCCGACUCUUUUUGAUUUCGUACAAUCUAAAGUUUCCAUUCCAAAGUUAUCGAAUGAACAAGAUUCUCAUGGAAAUGUGCAGAGUGUAAAAAUGCAUGAAAAGAGCCGGCACCCUGAAUCUCCGACCAUUAGUCGGCCUGGAAGGAAUAAAAGUUCUCUUAACCAGCAAACUGAUGGCGACAGAAAUGGGUUACGUACAUCAAAAAUUUCGAGUUCUAGUAGAUAUCGGAAAAAUUUUAAUUUGAAAUCAGGAUGUGAUUCAAAUUAUGCAGUAAAUGCAGUGAAAGAUAAUUUCCAUACAAAUUAUGCAGACGACUUUUCAGCCGUUGCAGUUACGAAUGAAGAGUUCGCAAGAAUGCAUAUUUCAUUGGCUGAUAAUCAAUUGGGCAAUAUCAACAAAGAUUACCUGGUCUCCCAUUCAGGUGCUUCUUUUGAAUACGAAAAUUCUACUAAUCACGAAUUAGGUUACCAGUCGGUGAAUGGACUACAGCAUCAACGAUCUUUUGAUAAUUUAGUAAUGAAAGAAGAAAUGCCUUGUUGGAAGAUUGGUGAUAAAUGUCUUGCUCCGUGGAGUGACGGACAGUUUUAUUUAUCUACACUGGUGUCAAUGGGCCCAGCUGAUAUGUGCACCGUUGAAUAUGAUGAAUAUGGAAAUCGAAGCAGUGUGCCUAUUGAAGUACUAUUAUCUCUUCAAACAUUUUAG